GGCCAUUCCUGCUCCUCUGAAAUCGGAAUUGUCUUUCUUUUCCGAGUCGUGCACAUUCCGAAUCCAAGCCCGGAUCGCUACGUCUUUGCGCCUUUAGCCUUCAGGCAGGGAGUUUAAAUGCAGGCAAUCAGCAGCCCUGCAGCGUUGACCGUUGGACGCGCCGCCGCCCUCUUUGCUGCAGGCAGGAGCAGCCAGAAUCUGCAAGUCAGGCGCUCUACUACGGGGUGCAAUCUGUUGAGAAAGGGAGGGAACUUGCACAGGCAGCUUGGAGAGACGUCCUUCUCCGGAGAGCCGUGCACAUAUCUUGUUUCGUCACGGGGUUUGAGUGGUGGCAGAGUAAGUAUGGGGAUUGAGAAGGAGCAAGUUAAGGCAGGGAGCGGGCCCAAGCCUCAGAAAGGGCAGACAGUCACCGUGCAUUGCACUGGCUACGGGAAAGAUCGGGACUUGUCCAAGAAGUUUUGGAGCACCAAGGAUCCAGGGCAGGAGCCGUUCACUUUCAGGGUGGGCCUUGGCCAAGUCAUCAAAGGUUGGGAUGAAGGCGUUUUGAACAUGCAGAGGGGAGAGGUCUCUCGCUUGACGUGCUCGCCCGAUUAUGCGUAUGGGGCUGGAGGUUUCCCCGCCUGGGGGAUCCAACCCAACUCCACGCUGCUGUUUGAGAUUGAGGUGCUCGAGUUCAAGUAGUUGCCGGCUUGCUUAUCUGGAUAGAGAGUUUGAACUUCAAUGCUCUACAUGCCUGGUGUAGUUGGUCAGAGCUACGCUUGCCUUUUUUGAGUCACAAUUUUGGAAUGGGAAAGAUUCUCGGCAGUUAGCAGAAACCCUUUUCUAUUUCUCAAAGCCGUCUCCUAGAUUCAGAAGGACGGCAUGAUGGAAAACGUCAGAAUGUGAAGCUGGCUUACUUUUGUGCCAGACCUGAAAACGACCUUGUUAGGUCUCAAAAAUCACGCCCUUUAGCUGAGACUCUGCAUAGGUUGCAUGCAAGUGAACCAAUACAUGUCGGGCCUGCGCAUCGU